AUGGUUUACAGAAAACUUAACAGAACAUCAUCACACCGCAAGGCCACUUUACGUAGUUUGGUCACACAUCUAAUUGAGCACGAGUCUAUCACAACAACUCACGCCAAGGCCAAAGAAGCACAGACUGCAACUGAAAGAUUAAUACAAUUAGCCAAAAACCGUUCGCCGAACUUGGAUGAUGCUAAAACGCGAGCUCUGCAGUACAUUUACAAACCCACAGAGACCCUUCCUAAACUUUUUGGCGAGCUUUCCGAAAGAUAUGGCAACAGAGCCGGUGGUUACACCCGUGUGUUGAAGCUUGAGCCUCGUCUCGGUGAUAAUGCUCCCCAAUCUAUCCUUGAGCUGGUAGAUGGAAAGCGCGAUAUGAAGUUUGCUCUUACUGCCCGUGCUGUUGCUCGUCUUGAGGCACAAGGCCAGGUUCUGGACAAGAAGACUAAAGAGUCUGUCAAGAAGAUUUACCGAUCCCGACCAAAUGGUGAGGAGGAGUUUCAAAAAGAGGUUGCCGAGAUGAAGGCUAGAUUCUACAGCUCGGAGGAAUCGCUUGCAAACCUGCCCACUCCAAAGCCUAAAAAACAGAAGGCUAGCCUUAAAUUUGUUGAGAACCCUCUGCUGGCCAAGAAGGAGGCCGAGUCUUCAUAA